AUGGCUCCCACUUUCACCCACGAGUUCAACCACCCCGGCUACAAGGGCAAGGUCGAGAUCCCCACCGGCGUCUUCAUCAACAACGAGUGGAACACCUCUCUCGACAAAAGCGCAGAGACCAUCGACGUCUUCAACCCCUCCACUGGCGAGGUCCUCACCAGCAUCCCCGAGGCCAGGGAGGCCGAUGUCAACAAGGCCGUCGAGGACGCCCACACCGCGUUCAACACGACAUGGGGUCUCCACACUCCCGGUUUCAAGCGUGGCGAGUACCUCAUCAAGAUCGCCGAGCUCAUGGAGCGUGACCUCGAUAUCCUCGCUUCCAUUGAGGCCCUCGACAACGGCAAGACCUUUGGUGCCGCCAAGGGCUUUGACGUCCCCGAGGCCGCUAGAACUUUCAGGUACUACGGUGGAUGGGCCGACAAGAUCCAGGGCAAGGUGAUCGAGACCUCCAGCGCCAAGCUUGCCUACACUCUCCACGAGCCCGUCGGUGUUUGUGGCCAGAUCAUCCCCUGGAACUUUCCCCUCCUCAUGUUUGCCUGGAAGGUCGCUCCCGCUAUCUGCACCGGCUGUACCGUCGUCAUCAAGCCUUCCGAGCUUACUCCUUUGACUGCUCUCUACAUGACCAAGCUCUUUGUUGAGGCUGGUCUUCCCGCCGGUGUCGUCAAUGUCGUUGUCGGCUACGGACAAACCGUCGGUAACGCCAUCGCUGGCCACGAAAACAUUGACAAGGUCGCUUUCACCGGUUCCACCGCCGUUGGCCGAAAGGUUAUGGAGGAGGCUUCCAAGUCCAACAUCAAGAAGGUCUCACUCGAGCUUGGUGGUAAGGGAUCGAACGUCAUCUUCGCCGACGCCGACUUUGACGAGGCCGUCAAGUAUGCUGCUCAGGGUAUCUUCUUCAACCACGGCCAGACUUGCUGUGCCGGUUCCAGGAUCUACGUCGAGAAGCCCAUCUACGACAAGUUCAUCAAGGCUUUCAAGGAGACCACCCAGAAGCUCCAAGUCGGUGACCCCUUCGCGCCCACCACCUACCAGGGCCCUCAAGUCUCCAAGACCCAGGCCGAACGUAUUAUGUCAUAUGUCGAGUCUGGUAAGGAGGAAGGCGCGACUGUCAUCACUGGUGGUGCCCGUCACGGUGACAAGGGCUACUUUAUCCAACCCGUAAGUCCUCAUCCCCAUCUUUCAGUUUAUGACUUCAUCUCCCGGAUUGCCGAUCGGUGCCUGGCUGUCGGGCGGCUCUUUUCUCGACCGAUUGCCGAGCUUGCGAACUUCCGACUAUUCUCUUCUUUGGUUCCAUACGCUGACACCUCCAUGCAGACCAUCUUUGGCGACGUCAAGCAAAACAUGAAGAUUGUCAAGGAAGAAAUCUUUGGUCCCGUCGUUGUCGUCUCCCCCUUCGAGACUGAAGAAGAAGUCAUCGCCCACGCCAACGACUCUGUCUACGGUCUCGCCUCUGCCGUCUUCACCUCUAACAUCUCGCGCGCUACCCGAGUAUCGCAAAAGAUCAAGGCUGGUACCGUCUGGAUCAACUGUUACAACGAGUUGCACCCCCAGAUUCCCUUCGGUGGUUUCAAGCAGUCUGGUGAGUCUUUACUUGUUACGAGUGUCGGUGGAUGAAGGUUGAUGGGGUGAAAUAGGUCUUGGUCGUGAACUUGGUGAAUACGCUCUCGAGUCUUACACCGAAAUCAAGUCUGUCCAGAUCAACGUCUCUGCCAAGUGCGGUAUCCCCGCUUAAGCCGAUUACCUCGUUGUAAAGUCGUAAAAGGGAAAAGGAGAAAAAGGGUAACAAGAAUGCGUGAGAAGUCAAGGAGAAGCAAAGUUGUCAGAAGUCCAUUUUCAUUUCAUCUUUUUGUGCUGGGUGUGUUUGGCAAAACGACCCUUUGAUUGUAUUAUGCCGUUCUAGCUUUUGAUACUUGUGUAUGCAGUAUACGAUGAGGUC